UACUUACAACGAUCGCCUUGACGUUAUUUAGUCGAUGUUUACUCUUUAAGUAAUAUACAAAAAGCAACGCCAUUUUUUCUUUAUCUCAUAGCUGAUUGGUUAAUACCGUAGUCGUACGAUUCUCAUUGGCACGUUGCCACUAACUAUUAACAAAUGAACGUACACUGGCUCGUACAACUCUACGUUUAGGAUUACCUACUCCGCCCUUCCCCCAGUCACAGCUCCUACCAUUGUCCUCGAGACUUGGCUGAAAACUAACUUUCAACUCAUUCUCAUGCGUGUAUCGUUGACUGUCUCAUUUUCGUUUCGACGAGUUCGAACGAUAGACGUGUCGUGACAAAUAUCUGUUUCUCUUUUUUUUUUGUACGCUAGUAAAUAUUCUUUUACAGUUUAGAAAGUGUACGACUCUCCUUUCUCUCUUCUUUUCUUUUUUGUUCCGUACCUUAAAGCGUCCUCCAUUAUUUCAUUCGUACUGUUCUUUUUUUCUUACCAUCCGACGUUAAACCAUAACCAGAUACAUCAAUCCUUCGUCGCAUCUUUGUUCUAGGCAAUCGUGGCCUAGAAUGAUCUAACGCCAUAUUUUACGUAAAUUACGUAAACUAGCGAAUUAGAGAAAAAGAAAAGAAAAAAAGAAAAACAAAAACACGUCGAAUCAAGUUAGAUCGCCAAGCCGGUGUUUAUAAACUAUUACUGUUGUUACUAUUACUAACUACUGCUACCACUACGUUACACUUAUUUUCUUGUCGAAACAUUAUCGUUUACCGUACAACUUGGACAAAGCAACAAUGGGCAUAGAAAAUAAGAUGUCAGAGAAGAAUCUCGAGAUGAGGGAAAAAGCUGCUCGUAUCUGUCGAGAUUAUCUUCAUGGUGUUUGGAAACGAGUUACCGCCGAGAACAUCACCCUUAAACGUAUCAGUGGAGGUCUCAGUAAUUGGCUUUACAACGUUCAGUUACCAGACGGUGCUGUUCCAAUACGCGGCGAGCCGCGGCAAGUCUUAUUACGACUGUACGGCCAAGUGCAUGGGGAAAGAGCGUUGGAAGGACUUAUCACCGAAUCUGUCAUCUUCACGCUACUUUCAGAGAGGCGGCUUGGCCCAAAAUUACAUGGUAUAUUUCCCGGUGGCCGUAUAGAAGAGUAUAUACCGGCUAGGCCAUUGUUAACUAAAGAAUUAUCCGAUCCGACAUUGAGCUUGAUGAUAGCUGAAAAAAUGGGACAGAUACAUACCAUGCAAGUACCGAUCAGUAAAGAACCAACUUGGCUAUGGAAUACCAUGACCAAGUGGCUCGCCACGGCGACAGAUAUUUUAGAAAAUAUUGAUGAGAUCGAUUCGUGUCAACUCGAGAACGUCUACGUGUUGCGAUCGAUCGAUCUCGAGCACGAGAUUAAUUGGUUCAGAGACCUUGUUAAAAAAGAAAAACAUCCAGUCGUAUUUUGUCAUAACGAUAUGCAAGAGGGUAAUAUCCUUCUUCGGCAAAAUUCGCGAAAGACCGAGCUGGUUGUUAUCGACUUUGAAUAUUGUUCCUACAACUACAGAGGUUUUGAUAUCGCUAAUCAUUUCAUCGAAUGGCAGUACGAUUACACAGCGGCGAAAUAUCCAUUCUUCCAUGAACGAACAGGGGCUGGACCAACCAAAGAGCAGAAGCUCGAUUUUAUCAAGAGUUACUUGAGAACAGUCCAGAAGGAAUCUCAGACAGAAGAAGAACGUAUUAUGAUGGAAAUAAACGUAUUUUCGUUAGCCAGUCACCUGUUUUGGGGCCUCUGGAGUAUCGUCAAUGCCAAAUUAUCUGAAAUACCAUUUGGAUAUUGGGAUUAUGCAGUGUGCAGGCUACAAAAUUAUCAAUGUUUGAAAGAAAAAUUAUUAGUAUCUGGACCUCCUACAUUGGAUGAUGCUAUCAGAAAAAAAGUAACGGAUACUGAUUGAAACGACGACGAAUCACUAUCAUCAACGAGUGAAACUCAACACCCUUUAAGGGAAAUUUAAUUUUCAUCGGUCUGAAACAUCAGUAUGUGCAAUGGAUAAAUAUAGGAAACGUAACGGUAAAAAAUAUGGCUGAUAAAAGAGAUUUUGGAUCCAUCAUUGGCAGUGUUAUCAAAAUACAAAGACGAAUCUUUCCAUUUGACAUGUUUUUCAUGAAAAAGUGAAAAGAAUUCACGGUGGAAAGAUGUGAUAUAGUAUAAAUAAGUCGAUCGUUUCAUAAUCUUUUGAGAAAAGAUACAGGUAUUCGAAAGUAUAGCGAGGAAUAGGAAAAUUGUCUGUUCGAAAUUAAAAGGAAUGGAUAUUAUAAAUAAAAAUAUGAAAAAAAAUUAUUUAAGCAAAAAGCGGAGAGGAUGUACACCGCACCAGAACGAUCAUUAAAAUUUGAUAAAUAUGUGUCUUAACUGUUUACAAUGUGAAAGUCUACUUGCCUGCAAAUAAUUGCACUGUACUUAAAAAACUUAGAUUAUACACGAAUUCACGUUUAUUUU